AUGGGGCCCACGAGAGACGCGCGCUGCCUCGCCUGCGACGACACGACGUGCGCCUUCCGGCCGCUGGUCAUCCAGCGGCGCGCCGUGGGCCCGAAGGACAUCUUGAUCCAGAUCAAAUUCUGCGGCGUCUGCGCCUCGGACCUCUGGACCGCGCGGUCGGGCCAGAGCGUCGGGUGCCGCACGGCCUUCCCCUUCGUGCCGGGCCACGAGAUCGCCGGUGUCGUCGCGGCCGUCGGCGCCGACGUCGAGGCGUUCGCCGUCGGCGACCGCGUCGGCGUCGGCUGCCUCGUCGACAGCUGCCAGGCCUGCGGCGCCUGCGACGCGCGCGACGAGCACCGGUGCCCCGGGCAGGUCAUGACCUACGCGUCGCCGGACCGCCACGGCCGCUGCGGCGGGUCGACGCCGCAGACCGCGGGCGGCUACGCGGAUCGCGUCGUCGUCCAGGAGCGGUUCGCGAUCGCGAUCCCCGCCGCGCUGCCGCUCGAGGCCGCGGGGCCCUUGAUGUGCGCGGGCACGACGGCCUACGCGCCGCUGAAGCGCUACGGCGCGGGUGAGGGCACGCGCGUCGGCGUCGUCGGCCUCGGCGGCGUCGGCGCCAUGGCCGUCAAGCUCGCGAAGGCGUUGGGCUGCGAGGUCACGGCGAUCUCGCGGUCGAAAAAAAAGGCCGCGGCCGCGUGCAAGAAGUUCGGCGCGGACCGCGCGGCGGUCCUCGGCGAGGCCGCGGCCCUCGACCUCGUCAUCGACACCGUGCCCGUGUCGCACGACCUCGCCGCCGUCCGCGCGCUCCUCGACCCCACGCGCGGGAAGCUCGUGCUGCUCGGCGUGCACCCCCAGUCCUUCGCGGCGAACUACGUCGACAAGCUCCUGGGCGGGACCGCGCCGGUGACCAUGUCGUGGAUCGGCGGCACGGCGUGCACGCGCGAGGUCGUCGACCUGGCGCGCGGGCGGAAGAUCGCGCCGGAGAUCGAGGUCGUGCCCGUGUCCGAGCUGCCCGCGGUGCUCGAGGCCAUCGACGCGGGCAACGACGCGGGCCGGCGCUACGUGCUGGACCUCGCGACGCUCCCGCGCGCGCGCGCGCGCGCCGGCGUUCUCGCCGGCCGGCGCGAAGAAGUACGACGCGAUCGGCGCGGCGCAGCUCCUCAAGCCCUUCUUCUCCUUGCUCUACGCGGCGAACCCCGCGGUCGUCUCCGGCGUCGCGCAGAUCGUGCUCGGGCUCGUCGUGCUCCUGGGAGCGCGCGCCGCGAAGGCGCUCCGCGGCGAGUAAGCCUGCUGCGCGACGUGUGUUAG